UUAAGCUAAACCUGCACCCUGCGCUCGACGGGUUUACACCGGCUCUGGAUUUUGUUCACUUUGAGUCGUCUUUCAAAAAAAAAACUGCAAUGUGAAUACGAAUGCGAAUGCUAGAAAUAGAAACCGAAAGAAAGUGAGUCGAGAUUCAAAACAAACUGUUGUCGUCACCGCUCGCGCUUCAUAUCACGCAGAAAUGCUCCUCUUCGCUUUUUUCGCAACCUUCGCUUUUCUUGUAGAUUUUUCCUGGGCUCUUCCAACAGAUAUUAUUAUUCAGUUCGAGCGCAGUGUUUUGCUGAACGGGACAGUAGUUGAGAGGAUCCUUAUCAGUGAUGCAAAUUUAAAGGGACAUUUCGACCAGCAACCUGUUGUCAGACCCAUUCAAGACGAAGUCCUGAAGAUGAUGGUGGAGAAAGAUCAUGAAACCUCAAGUUAUGGCACAUAUACACGUUUGAGGGAAUGUAAGCUGCGAGGGUAUCGAGUCCUGCAGCUGUCCGACCGGUUUCAGCUUAAUGGCAAAGAUUAUCUGACUUUAGAUUCGGACAGUGAUUCAUGGACCGUGUUGAUGCCAGAGGCACAGGGUCUAAAGAAGUCAUGGACACUUAAGGCUGAGUGUACGAGUCUAGACAAAACUCACCUGAAAGAAGAAUGUGAGGAAUUCAUUAAACAGAUAAAUGAUGCCCCGAAUCAAGAAGGGCUUGGUGUGUUAAGAGUGAUGGCUCCAGUUCUCUGCACUUUUCUCUUCAUUGGAUUUGUCUUUAUGAGCCUCCUUAUCUUCAAGCGACACGGUGAGCAUACAUCAUGUGUUUUAGGCUCAAUUAUCCACUAUCCAGCCCAUCAUUUUGAAGUACCAUUGAACGAACAGAGUCAAAAGGACAUCUCUCAAGUUCCAGUGCUGAAGGGUCCCUAUAGCAAUCAUCUAACCUGCCCAACCACAUAAUUGUAAAGAGUCAACUCUUGGUCAUGAUUUCAGAAGUCUUAGAUGCAUUUGAAAGUUCA